CAUGCGCGGACGUCGGUCUCCAUUGGCUUACAGCGUGCCUAAGGUAUCUAGCGUUUAUAUAUCUAUGUGCUCACUAUGAAAUGCUUGACGAGAUGUAACAUGUCCUCGCUGAGCUUCCGUACGCGGAGAAUUUGCGAGUGAUUUUAAGUGAAACGAGAAAGCGAGAAGUGCUUGACAGGAAAAGGUGGGUGAGUCAAACGUCGUGCCAACCUCGGGGAUGGUCAAAGACUAAUGCAGAAGUUUCAGCUCAUCGCGAGAAAAUGAUUGUUAGUGUGAAGUCCGCCGGGAAAAGUUAAAAACAAAAGGAUGCAGAAGAUGAAUGAGCAGCGCCUCUCUUCAUCAAUCAUUACGAAAAACAAAGUCCACAAGCGGAUUUGCAUUUACGACCGCCGCGAUGGGACUGCUGAAUCUGAAGGGACCUGGCUGGACACAGCUGGCUGGGAUUAUAACGCCUUUCUCCGAAACUUAAAAACGGUAAAUACUCACGAAAUUAACUUGAGAACAGAUUUAAUAUUGUGAACACAAGAGCAAUGUUUUUUAAAAAUACACAUUUUUUUUUUUAUUUUAUUCACAAGUUUUUGUAUUUUAUUUACAAGUUUUUGCAUUUUAUUUGCAAAUGUUAUUAUGGUUGGCGGGUAAAAGAUAGGGGAAAGUGGGGUAAGUUGAGCCAGCGGGUAGGUUGAGCCAAACCCUGUUCCUUGGAAAUAAUAAAAGAAAUAAUAAAAGAAAUUGAUCAAGUGACCAAAUAUUUAGGGGAUGGGCAUCAAUUCAUGGAGUCUGUGAAGGUUAGAAGCACAUGGGUGAAGAGGUUAACAUUUAUUUCCAAAAAAAACAAACAAACAAUUUUUCACUUUUGAAAGUGAAUUUAGUCUGUCAUAAGUUUUAUUAGAAUUGUGUUCAGACCAAAAAAGAUAAUUUUAAUUUUGUUUUAUACAUCAAUUGUGGUAUCUAUGAGCUACAACAUGAGGUCAAAACCCUAGCAUAAAAGUCCACCAUUUCCUCCAUUUUUUAAUGGAGAAAGUAAAGGAGUCUGAUGAGAGGAUCAGAGUUUCAGUUCAGAUUCAGUUCUGAAAAGUGUUACUUUUUCUUUUCAGAAAUACAGCUGUGAAUGUUCUGAAUCACAUAAAGACAUUCCCAUUUUAAAAUGACUUUUUACAAAACAGCUUUUUAGCAGUUAUAUGCAAUAUAAAUAAAUCAAUCAGUCAAAUCAAUUCCUCUCUGCCACAACACGUCCAAGAACUCUCGUUUAACAGUAAACGAAACUGAAAGCUGACCAUGUUUUCCGGUUUCCACCCUAACGCCAUGUUGCACCAUAGAUAUAUUUAAGAAGGGCUAGAUGACUCGAGCCGGAGUCACCGGCAUCCCUGCAUGGCGGCCAUCUCACUCCAGUAUACCAUUGUGCUACACGAUAUGGUAGUUGGCGGUAGGUGAGUAAUUUUUCAUACAGAAACAAUGUAGCACAAAGUGCUUUACAUAGCAGAGGAAUAAAAGAAACAAAGAAAACCCUAAUCUAGAUAGCACAAUACAGCACAAUAGAAACAUGCAUUAAAAUGCAUGAACUUAAAAAGGGCUUGAUUUCAUACAAAUAGGAAUGUGCGCACUGAGGAAACACUGUUUUAAAAUUUACGAUAAGGAAACACUAGAGGUUUAAAAUCUAAAAAAGUAACAAAAAAUUAAGAAAUAAUAGAUAAAAUGAAAUAAAAACAACAGUAAAAGAUACUAAAAUAAGAGCACUAAAAUGGUUCAAUAAAAGACAACCCUGUGAUUAAAAUUAGAAUAGAUAAAUGCUAAAACACUUAAACAGAGUUAAUGAUAUAAAAUUAAGUUAAAAGCAAGACUGAAAAGGUGGAAUAAUAAUGAUAUAAAAAUAUUUUACCAGUUAAAUACAGUAUUAUAGAUGAAAAUACACAUGAAUGUGAAGAAGUGACUGUUAUUUAGGGAGAGAGAAGGUGAGGGAGGGCUGGGGUGGAGAUACUAACAAUGAUGAUGUUCUCUUGAUCGGUCAAUCACCUGAACCUAUGAUUAAGUCAGCUCCAAUUAAGAGCUACUGGACACAUACCUGACUAAUAACCACCUUUGUACCUCUUUACAGAAAUUUGCAUUCCCUCUACAUGAAAGAUAUGUUUUGACCACCUCAGACAGAGUACCUCUGGAUUUUGACAAAUUUGGUGAGUUAAUAUGUCUGUGCUUAAGUAAUCAAAAUGCUGCUGCUGUUUUUAGAUAAAAAAAUCAAUCAUGAAUGUUCCAGUUUGCUCUUAAAAUGUCACAAUAAGGUUUCUUAGAUUGAAUCAUGUAAGGUGCUUUUCACUUGUCGAAACCAGAUUAUAUAGACAAAUGGAUUAACAGUCCUCUUCUCCUUUUGGCAGGUGAGCUUCAGGAUCUCAGCACCCUCUAUUUGUUGCAGAGUGAGGAUCAACCUCUCCAGGCAGCAGUAAAGGAGCUCAUCAGCUUUACGCCUCACCAUCAUACAUUGACUGAAAGUGGCAGCGACGUGUACUACCACUGUGAGGGAAAGGUCCCUUUAAGUGAGUACUUACAUGGUUGACAUUGUAUAUAUGUGAAAUAGAUGGAGACAUUCAAGCCAUGUGACACUGCACAUAAUUUGCUUCCCCAGCUUGCGCCCUCGCUGAGCUGAUCGACAACGCACUUUCAGCAACUGCAAAAAACGAAGGCAUCAGGUCAAUAGAGAUACGAAUGGUUGGUUUACUUAAAAAGAGGUUCACCUUUCAUACCGUCCUUGACAGUUAUCCAGGUACUUUUUUUCAUUAUCAUCCGUCCAAGUGACUUGUUUUCUUUGUUUCCCAGCUAUUUGAUGUAACGCUUGGAGAAAAUGCAGUCAUUAUUUUGGAUAAUGGGUGUGGAAUGUCCUGUACAAAGCUUAAGGACUGGGCAACAUACAGACUCACCAAAUUUGAGAGGAAAGACGGCAAGUUUGAAAGGUUGGUAAGCUCUGUUAAAGAGCUUAAAAAAGCUGCAAUGUGGUUGUUUCCUUAAUAUAUGAGUGUCUUUUACUCAUAGUCUCAAAGCUCAGAUCUGACUUAAAUAUCUCCUUCACAGUGAGCAAGAGGGCUACGUCAGGCCUGAUCCUGUCUCUCGACAUCUCAACAGUGAUGUGUCCUACUUUGGAGUUGGAGGAAAAAAUGCAGCUUUCUUUAUCGGAGAAUCAGUCAGGGUAGGUCUUGAUGAAUGUAUUGACAAAUGCAAUACUGAGGAAGUAACAAAGACUAAUAUCAAAUCCACAAGCAGUGACAAACUGAUCCUCACUUUUUUGUAUGUUUAAGGUGUGUACUAUUUGCAUAUUGACCAUGAUCCAAAUAUAGGCGUAGAUCUGAUCAGGAAGGUGAGGUGCCACACCUUAAAUGUGGAGUUGCUCAGAUGAAACUUCUAGAUAAAAGGGUUCAAAUAAGACCAUGUAAAUGUAGGUCAUUUGAAUCAAAUGUAGGGGUUCAGUGUCGUAGCCAAGAACACUUUAAUAUCUGACAGUGGGAGCUUGGAUGCCAACUUUCUGAUGAAAGAUGAUCUGCUCGAACACUGGGCCACUGCCGCCCCGGAGUAGCCUGACAAGUCAGGACAAGGAGUCACUAGAAACUUCGCGUAAGUUUCCAUAAAGACAUUACAGCCACAGGCUUAAAGGCAGUGUAACCACUGGAAUGUGUUUCUUUCAAGUAGGGAACACUCAAGUGUUUUGCAAAUAUACAAAGCCUGAAACACGAGUUACAUAAAGUAAUACGACUGAGAGGAGGAAUUCUUCACUGCAAACCCCUGCCACCUGAGCCAGCUAAAGCUUGAGUCAAACUUCGGUGCCGUUCUGUUGUGUUAUAGAUGAUAACGAAACCAAAAGAGUCCCCAGAUGUUCAUGAGCUUAUCCUGUCAAAAAAACGGUUUGAAGAAAAACAGAAGAAACAAGAGGAUGUGUACAAGGAACACAUUAAAAUCAGGAAGGUGAGCGUCAGACUCAAAAAGUCAAUUCAAAGUAGAUGCACAUUCAUGACUUCGAAACCAGGCCACUGAAGUUUGUGGUGCUGUCUUUGUGGUGUCCCCUCCUGCAGCCUGGUGAGUGUACAGGCCUGGAUGAGCCGUUUCUCCGCAGCAUCAUCCGUGAGGAAACUGAACUAGCAAAGGGAAGCUUCACAGCUGUGGUGAUCACAGAAGUCAAACCUGAGUAUGUUGACUUUCUGAAGAAGAAUUUUGACGUGGUGCCCCGACAGCUGGCGUGAGUAUAAUCACCUACUCCAUCCCACAUGCUCUCUGAAGUCUUUUCAAAUCCUGAGUUGAAUUCUUUGAAUAUCUUCACAUUCAUUCUUUUUGAAUCUCUGUUUCAGUCAUAUUUAUCAUUAUUACAUCCAUGGAGUCAAUGGAAACAUCAUUGGCCGCAGCUCUUCAAAUUCAGACGGUUCUGUUGACAUUCAGGUGAGGCUGCUCUGCUGUUAAGGAAGAGAGGGGUCAUUCAAGGUAUAGGCAGAUACCUGUUAUCAUGUUAUUUUAUGAUCAUAAGGAUUCUGUUUUCCUAUAAAAAUUUAUGAGUCCUGUGACUUACUCAGAUGAAACACUCAGUGAUUCAAAACUAUUACAUAACCUGCUUUAUCAGGUCACAAUGCGAGAGAAGCCUCCAAAGUGUCCUCGCGCCAUAAAUCUGAAGGAGGUUGAGAACGACAUGCAGACCCUGUACAUUAACAGUGCUGCAGACACAUUUGAGUUCAGGGCCACCAUUCCUCUGGAUGAUCACCCAGUGGAGGGAAUCCUUCGAUAUCACCCUUUCCUCUAUGACAGGGAAACGUACCCUCAAAACUUCGACAUUAUCCAAGGUAUUCAAACUCUAAAAGCUGUGUGUAACUUAAGAUGAGACGGCUUUGAAUUAAAACCAGAGUUUUUACUUUUGUUUUCAUGUGUUGGCCAGCUUCUCACAAAGAGGCUGAUGGUGUUUCUGAGGAAACUGAGUCUGGUGGCGUGCAGGCCAGAGGCAAAAGGGCGUUAUUUGACUGCUACUGGAACGGACGGCUCAUACCAAGAAACGGAGACUUUGAGUAAAUAUUUUGUUUUUUUAUUGAUUGUGUGUGAUGAUAUUUUAUGGUUGUUAGAGUACAUAUUCUUAAUUAGGAAUAAAUGCAAUAAAUGGUGACAAGAUUAUAAGGACGAAGAUUGAUUCAGAGUUAGGCUUGGUGUUCUUUCACCAAAGGAAUGCAUGUGUAGCGGUUUGAAUUUGUAAUAAAUCUCUUAAGAUUAAUAAUCUUAACCAACCUUAAUGAUGGGAAAAUAAAGAAAAACAAAAGUUUAACUCAGAAAUUAAACAUUAUGUCAAUCUUGAAUUAAUCAAUUUCAUAUCUGAAGCCGAAAUUCUCAUUUCAGGGACUCCACGUCUGAAAGAACACUAACAGACAAGAGCUUAGAAAAAUAAAUGAUCUGUUUAUUACAGGAUAAAUGAUGGUACAACAUACAUGCAAUAAAUGAUGAUAAGAUAAUGAGGAUAAAUAACAAUAGAUGAAUAAUUAAAGAUUCUGAGUCAGGCUAGGAGAACUAAACUUAAUGAUAGUGAGUGAAUAUGCUCUAACAUAUUAACCUACACUAACUUUGGUGUCAAGAUAAAUUUGGAUACAGAUCUGGAUGAAUCUAGGAUUACUGGAAUAAGUGAAUGGUUGUAUCUCACCCAGAGUUAGAAUUUGUCAUCUUUCUGAGUUUUGACUUGUUAGUGUAGCUGAGUUUGAACUUUUCCUCAAACAAAACAAGCUAUUUUCAUUGGUCAGUUUUGAUGGACUUCAACUAUUGGUUAAAAAAAAAAAAAAAAAAGGAAAUAGUUUUUCCCUUUUAAAGGAGAUUUUUCAAGCCUAAUUUUAACCUUUUAUCUUGUCAGUCUUGGACACCUAUAGGGUAUCUUUCAAUGAUUUCCACCUCAAAAAUCUCAUUUAUCUUAUACUGGACUCUGUCAAAGCUCUCAUCUCAACACUUCUCUCAUUAUACAUCAGCUUAAGGUGAUAAGAUUGUAAGGAUAAAGAAUGAUUCAGAGUUUGGCUUUGUGUUCUUUCACCAAAGGAAUGCAUGUUAUCUGCUAUCAUCUACAUACAGCUGAGUAGUCAAGAUAAGCAGUUUUAUGAGGGAGGUGGGGAGGUGAGUGUUCACUGCAUCCUGCUGAUUUCAGUGCUCAAAGGUUGAAGGUGGUGAGAAUGAUUGUUUGUUUGAAAAGAUUUAUACCAUCCUGUGUCCUGCUUGGACUAUUCUGUGGGGUGUGAAGUUCCCACAGGGUUGUGUGUGUCCACCCAACCUCUGCACUUUUGGGGCCAAGUAGCCCUUAUACUACUUUACAUUUUCUUACCUUUAUUUAAAGAAAAAGUCACACUAAUUUGAGUUAAAUUCAUACAAGUACUGUGACUUUGCAGUAGGGCUGCACGAUAUGUCGCAAUAGUCACAUUGCGGAGCCUGGGAUGUAGGAGGCGAAUGAACUCAUCUAAUUUCAAGUGUAGCUGACUGAGAUACAAUGCAUGUGACUCUGCAUGUGCUAUGCAGCGAUCCACUCAUCACAUUCGUUCUUUAUUCAGUUGCCAAUCAGACUACCCUGCUAGAAAACCACACCCCUGCACAUGGAGUGAAUCGCUGACGCUGCUGGUGUUGUGCUGAGAAACGCCCGCCCGCCCGCCAAGAAUUACUUUCGGAACAUUCCACAUCACUGUUUAGCCCUAAUAAGAACUGGUUAAGAAUGGGUUUUCAAAUCGUAUAUUUUCCGUGGACCACUCUACUAUAAGCGGUGCGCGUUUUGCGAGGUGCAUACUAUUCUCGGCGGGCAUGCGUUCCUCGGCACAAAACCGGUAACAACAACGAUUGUGAAAUGAGCAACGAACAAGAGAAAACCACUGAAACUUAAGACCUUUUGCCAAAAACAAAAGCAACUUCAGUUAUCUGGAAUUAUUUCGGUUACAGGAAGGAUGAUGUCGACCAAAAACAUGGUCUGUGUUCAUCUUUUGCCACAAUAACGUCCCAGCACAAUAAAAGCGAGCUAAAAAUAUCUCUUAGACAGACAGAAGCCAUUCUACUAACAUUCACAAAAGAGGUAAGAUCAGCGCAGGCUAACUGUCAUCAAGAUUUCAGCAUAAAGUGCUAUUCAGGUCAUCUGGUGAAAAUUCCUGGAUUUUUUAAUAUCCCAAUUUAUAUCGCAGGGUUGAAAAAAAUUGCAAUGUUAGUUUUUUCCAAUAUCCUGCAGCCUUACUUUGUAGAUAGGCACGCAUCAUCACGUUGAAGCAGUUUCUUAACUCGAUUCAGGAAAAUCAAAUACUUGUUCUUCCUCGUUUGUCACAGGUUUGAUUGGUGCACUCGUCCCAGUACUGGAGCCAAGCUGCCAGAAGAGUGUUACAACCGGUUUUCUGGGGUACUUUUCACCAGCAGCAACUUCAAGGUCAACACAAGUAAACUGUCUUUUGUGAACAUGGAGCAGAUCCUGAAGAGCAAAGAUGUUAUCUUCACCCGUGUCGUCAAUGGACAGGUGACUACAUACAAACAGCUUUCUGUUUCAAUUUGUGUUGAGUUACAGACUGAUACUUUUGAUCUAUGAUAGAAGAUGAAUUGAAGCUUAAUAGGUCACUGGUGUUGAUAUUGGCAUGAAAUCAAAUAAGUAAGCAUAUGCAUCAAUCAAGCCUCGGCCUGUCUAUGUUCAGCACAAAUAGGCUUCAAGUUUAAUCAUAGACUGUUUUUACAAAUAGAAUAAAUAAAAUGUUUAUGUCCACAGAGUCAAAGAGGCAUCAUUCAGAGGGAGUUCACAAACUGGCUUCAAAACUGUUACACCAAGCAUGACAAGCAAAUCAAGUUUAUGGGCUACAAGGAGACCAUAGAAAGGCCAGAGAUGACCCCCAAAGCAUUGCAGCAUCCUUGGGAAAUAUUUUCCUCCAUUGAAUAUGAUGGAAAGAUUUACAGCAAAGGACAGCUGGUGAGUGUGUGUGUGGAGUUUCAUUUCUGAGCCCCAAAUGUACGUUUGUGUUUAUGCUUUUGUACUUUGUUGUGCAGGUGAAAUCUUACAAGACAAAUCCCAUUCUGCAUGGUACCAUACUUCGGUUUUUGCGGCACGGAGAAACACAAAAAAAAAAAGGCAGUGUCUACGCUACAGGAGGGGAAGUUGAACUGGCUCUGGUAAGGAGAGAUUGAGAGACAAUCUAUAAGAAGGAACUAAAACUGGAUUUAUCAUAUUUUACUAAAAAACUUUUUCCUUAGGAACCAAGAGCUCUUUAUGACACGAUCAGAGUCAUCCAAAUUAGCAAGAUAGACAAGACGGCCACUGAUGAAGCCCUCCAGAGACAAAUCGACAGUGACUCCAAGAAGUGAGUUAGAAGAAGAGCUUUCAUUCUGCCAGGGUCAAUCCAGACUCUACAAUCACUUAAAAUACCUUAUCUCUGUAUAUUGUCUGUCCACUGUUAUCAAAUCCUUGGCAGCUAUUAUCAGCUUUGGUAAACUCGCGUCUGUUUCCAGGCUUCCAGCGAAACUCGAUGUGUCUUGGCCUGAAGGUAAUCCCUGGCCACACAAUUCUGAACAGGCAGCCGGGACCCUGCUAGGUAAAAUGCUGCAUCAUUUGUCCAGCAAUGGCAAUCUUUUAGGGGGAGCCAGAACCGAACCUGUUUUAUUUUUGCUUUUUUAUCACUCAAGGACCACUAGGAGUUCAAAUAUUAAACAUGGAAGGAAAACCAAUGAACAAGAUGCCACCAGCAGACCGGAAGGGACAAGGGAAACAACUGGAUAUUGAACUCAAAAUAGUUAAGGCUGGUAAGAUUUAUGAAAUACACUCCUGAGGAGUCUCUCACAAGUUAAAUCAAGAAUUUUUUACAGGGACCAUUUUUCUGACCGUGAUUGCUAAGUGACGCCCUGCAAGAAGCAACGAUGCAUGGUGGCAAACGAGUGUGACAUGCCCAGGGUUUUUCCUGCAGCCUCUCAGGGGCGUGUCCAGUCAGGCAGCAAGGAACGGCACUGGCUACCCUGAAAUGUGAUUGGCUGCCCCAGACGCCAUCAUAAAAUCAACUGUUUCGGUUGUGUCCUUGCAGGCUGCCAGCUGCUCUCCUUGUUUUCUCUGUGUUGGUGUCUCGUAACGUGACCUCAGACAAAGAUCUUGUUUAGAGCCUUUAAAGGUGCAGUUCACAGAAUUUAGUGCCUCGAAGCAGAACAGACUUGGUCUGUUAAGGAAAAGGGAUAAUUGUAUGAUAACAUGAUUUAAAAAAAUCUUUUGUUUCGAUUUAAAAUGAGAAGUGGUUUUCUGCUAAUAACAGUAAUCAGUGUUUUAUUUGGUGAGUGGUUGGGCAAAACGUAACAGUUAGAAGAUGAGGAAGAUGAAGAAGUGAGUGGUUCUUGUUGUGCAAAAGAAUUUAGAUGGAUAGUCAUAUUUUGGUGAUAUAAACUUAUCCGCGAAGGCCACCAUCACUUCACUGACAGGAGGGAUGAGCCAGGAUGAGUUUCAACCUAGAAUCUGAACCAAAACCACUAAAACAACUCUUCAGCUAUAUUACUUUGGCAAGUGCAUAACUUUGUCAUUCAGCUUCUUUUAAUGCAGCUGUUAAAAUUGUUGAAAGUUUUUCUGCCCUUUACUCUCAGAUCCUAGAGGAGACCGGAAAGUCCACCAUGUCAUUGCCCCACAUACAAAGACGGGUUUCUACUUCAAAAAAAUCGGUAUCAUUAUUUUUAUUUAUUUAUUUUCCAUAAAUACUUUUUGGAUGCAUGGAUUUUAACAUUGGUGAAGCAAUUUUGUAAACAUCUUCCCUUUGGCAGGAAAUCUGAAGGAGCUGGGGAAGUACACUCUGUAUCUGCACGCCGUGACGCAUGACAAACAUCUCCCUGAUUUUGGGGGCAAGGAACUUCCAAAGCAUGAAUUAAGCUUCACUAUCAAAGGUCAGGAAACUGUCUAAAAAGUCCUGUCACAUUAAUCACCUUUUGACUGUGACAUCUUGAUCAUAAACUUGUGCAUUUGUUUUCUCAGAGGGACCGGCUCAGAAAUUUGUUAUCAGUGAGUUGAACUCUGCCAUUAAAGUAGGAGAGCCGUUUUCCGUUGUCCUGAAGUUUAAAGAUGGUUUGGACCAUCCAGCUGUUCCUCCUCCUCAUCUGGAACCUGUUCUCGAAUGCAGGCAAGCCACUAUCUGAAUUUAGUCUUGAACCAUCUUGUGAAAGAAAUCCCCUUAAAUCUCACCAUGUUUUUGAUUUGCACCUUUAACAUUGUUUUUAUUCAGUGGGCUGGUGCUGACUUUUGAGGAAGUGUUCUCGAGUGGGAAGAUUUUCAUCAUCAGAGGCGUCCGAGCGAGAGGAAAAGUUGGGAGUUUCCAACAAUCAAAGGUUUGUAUCCUACCAAAACAUGAACUUGUCUUUUUAGCAGAACAGUUGAACAAUAAAAAUAGUCACAUUAAGUGUUUAUAUGGAAAGUUUUUGUGGCUGAAGUUUCAUUUCAAGUGUAAAAUCUCUGCAUAGUUUUAGAAAAGAAGACAUGCCUGUUUCCUGUUUGAUACAAAAGUACAGUGGCCCUGAAUGUCAAUAGGACAAAUAAUCCAGGAAGGAAACAAAUUAAAUUUUAAAUAUGUAAAUGUUUCACAUAAAUGUGAAAGAUAUUUUAGAAAACACAAACAAACUUUAAUAACCUCAGACUUUUUAAAAAUACUUGGAAGCAAAACAAAUUUUGAAAGGUAAAAAAUGAAAAAAGAAAAUGUUUCAGGAAAGACAAUAUGUUUUAGUCACUUUAUUAUUUUUUUCAUUUUCUAAAAUUUUUUAAUUCAAAAUCUAUAUUGUCAAAAAUUUUGAUGUUUUUGUCAUUUAUUUGUGUGUUCUAAAAUACAUUUUCUGUAACAAAUGUAAAAUAUUAUUUUGUUCUGUUAUGUGUUUCUUUGUUUAUUUUGUUUUUUGUUGUUUCAUGAUUUUGGUUUUUGUUGCCUUAUUGAAAUAUUUGUGCCAUUGACCUUUGGGGCCACCAUCUAAAAGAGACACAAGCUUUGAUCUUUAAUUUUUAAUUUCAUUCAAUUUUUUUGUUCAUAGAUGCCGUACCUGAAAGUGACCUUGCCCGGCUUUCCAGCAGAGACACAAAAGAUCAGUCCUGUUCCUGGUGAGACUUUUAAAUUUAGAAACCAUGAUCAGGUUUAUAUCAUGGUUCAUACUUGACCUGGUGUAACCGGUACUGGUGAAAUGUUUUUAAAAAGUUGAGAUCCAAGAUAAAAGCAUGAGCCCCAACGAACUGUUAACAGUCAAAGAGACGACAUACUGAUUAAGGAAUAAAGUUGAUGGUUGUAUCUCACCCUGAGUUACAAUUUGUCAUCUUUCUGAGUUUUGACUUGUUAGUGUAGCUGAGUUUGAACUUUUCCUCAAACAAAACAAGCUGUUUUCAUCAGUCAGUUUUGAUGGACUUCAACAGAGUUGCAAAUAGAAGUCAGUUAAACGCUAAACAUAUAGGAGCAGCUUCAGUCCGCUCUGAUAGCUCUCAUCAGCCUGCUGAUCGCCCAGUCUUACAUAUACCCUAAUUUUAGAAUAAGAGCCACAGCAUCAACUUGGUGUAACUGAAUAGUUUCUCAGCUGCAUGAUGUUUUCCAGGAAAUCCACAUUCCCUGCAUGUAGGACCAGAAGAUGACCCAAUCACAGUAGAGAAUGGAAACCCUGUAAGGUUUGAUGUGGAAGUUCGCGAUGAGUCAGGAAACAUCACUGCUAACCCGAAACAGAUGGUUCACUGUGAGGUAAGAGUGUCACUGGUUUAUGGCUGCAGGGCUCAUCUGUUGAACCUGUUUGCCCUGACAAAGAGUGAGAAACUUGUGCUCUAAUUAAAACACUCUCAUCGAUGGAAGGCGCGCCGUAAUGAUAGCACCUGUUAUCACAGCAGAUUUUUUAUUGACUCAAAGAGUUUUCAAUAAAAGAAAGUCGGUCCUGAGGCGCAGCAGUUCAUCCUGCUUAGCUGCCUUAAGGCAAACAGAAACCCUCUCAGUUACAACCAUCAGUCGUCAUCUCACACAUUUAUUUGUGCUAUAAAUUUGUUCAUUUUAAACAAUAAACCACAGUCACAGCCCUUGUGUUUUUUGUCGUUAUACUGCAGAUAUCUCAAAAUGUUAGUUACCCAGUUGUUGGUGUGGAUUCCAGAAAUGUAGUUCUUGAUUAGAGUGUUAUAACAGUGCAGGUACCAAUAAAAAAGAGGGGAUUAAUGUUGCUGUCCCAUUGUAAUCGCUGAUUAUUGAUAAUUAUAAGAAUAAGAAUAUCUUUAUUAAUCCCAGAAGGGAAAUUCAAUUGUCUGUUGUCUCACAUAAUAUGUCUUUAAAAGUUAUCUACUAUUUUCACAAGAGUUAUAAAGUCGAAUGGCUGUUGGUACAAAAGAUCCUCUGAAUCUUUCUGUCCUGCAGCAGAGAGGAGCCGUCCACCACUAUUGGCCCUUUGGUCCAUCAAGGUUUUGUAAAGUGGGUGAUCCAUGUUCUUGAGAAUAGUCUCCACCUUCCUCAGUGUAGAUCUCUCCACCACAUCCUCCACUGAGUCCAGCUUGAUUCCAACCACAGAGCCAGCCUUUUUCACAAGUUUGUUAAGACGUCUUGCAUCUUUGUGUUUGUUGCUUCCUCCCCAUCAGACUGCAGCGUAGAACAGCACACUUGCCACCAGAGACUGAUAAAACAUCUGCAGUCUGUUGUCUGAUGUCUAUUGAUCGGAGUCUUCUCAGGCAAAAGAGGCGAUUCUGCAGAUGAAGUCUAUAUUCUUAAACCAAUCCAACUUAUUAUCCAGAUGUACACCUAGGUAUUAAUAGGAUAUCACCACUUCAAUGUACACUCUACAGGUAUUCACUGGCUGAAGAGGGGGUUUGGAUCUACGGAAGUCUAUGACCAUCUAAUUUGUCUUUGAGGUGUUGAUCUCUGUAUUCAGCUUCUUGUCUAUUUCUGAUACAUGCCACAAUAGCGGUGUCAUCUGAGUAUUUCUGGAUGUGGCAGGACUCAGUUCUGUAUUUGAAGUCUGACGUGUACAGGUUGAGAAAUUUGAACAAGAUGGAGGAGGAACAGGAGAAGUUGUAGUGGAGAUUUGUUGCUGAGAGGAAGGUGGAGUAGCAGUGGGAGUGGGUGUGUCAGCAGUGUCAAAUCUGUUGAAGAUCAGGUUGAGUUCAUCAGCACUUUCCAGAUCACCCACCACUGGCUUGCCUUCACCUUUGCAUCAGCACGGCAACCAUGGUAACACCUCCUGAUGUCCUCUGGAAUUGUAUGUUGUUGUCCAGAAUUGCUUUUCCUCAAUGCAAGGAGCUCUUCUUUUGAGUAAACUUCGUCCAGCAGAAGUAUCCAUCAGCAGCCAACAAAAUUACAACAAAAAUAUGAAAAAAAUCUAGCAAAAAAUUACAGAUAAUUCAGAGAGACCAGACUUGCAGCAACCUCUCGGUUCAAGCGCAUCAUUUAAAAAAAAAAAAGAAAUUAUAAAAGAACUAAAAAUGAUGAUGGUUUAAAUGGUCUUUAAAAACUGCCAAACCUUGCACACAUAUCAAAAUCAAAAUUAACAUAAAGGACACAAGCGUCUUCUGGUUUUCUCUGAAUUUGUUCGGUGUCUUACAGACUCAUAUUAGAUUAAAAACGAUCAAAGAUGGAGUGACAGUGGUCGGGGUUUAAAACUGAAGCCUUGUACUUUCUUUUAGUGGCUUUAUUAAUAACAUACUGAUCCAAAGUGUUUCAUUAUAUCUUUCAUUUGUGUGUGUGUGUGUGUGUGUAUGUGUAUCUCAGGUUACAGGGCUUCCACUGGAGACCAUUGACUGCAGCAGCACAGGAUUAGGGCAGAUUUUGACCAAGCCCAUAAACCUAAAAAUAACCAACGGUGAACCGCAGAUGCUCAAAGCUCAGUUUGAGAUGCCUGUAAGUUGUAGGAAAAUGAAACAAAGAAGAAUCUUAUGCUUUAAUUAGUUCCCCAGAAACUGAAAUAGUGGUAUCCUCAUCCUGUCCUUUUUUCUCUUUCAAGAAUCAGAAGAACUGUGUGGCUGUGGUGAGGAAAGUGAAGGUGGUUCCCAGCAGCAGAGUGUCGAGGAUGGAGCUCACUCAGAAUGAUAUGAAUCUGGUGCUGAAGAACGAUGAAAAAAUAGAUUGGCUGGCUGGAAGCGUGUUGGAGAACCUGUUCUACAAGCUGUAUGAUGAGGCUGGUAGAGAGGUGCCUCUCUCUCAGGAAACAGCCACAAAAAUCAAGGUGUGCCCGGCAAUUAUAAUGUUCCUGUUGAUUUUAUUUUUCCCUAUCCCAUCAUACAAAUGUUUGUGUUUGUGUUUGUGCUGAGCUGUCGUGUCAUCUAGAAAGAUUCUUGUGCUCUGGGUGUGUUAAUGUUGUUCUUUCAAUAAACCUGAUUUACAUUAGACGUUAUUCUCAGUGUCCUCUCCCACUGUAGCUGAGAGUUCACCUGUCGCUCUGCUUGUGUUGAAGGUUUCCUGGAUUAAAAUGGUGAACCAGGAAGAUCUGACCCAGGGAAAACUGCCCAAUUUACCAGUGCCCACACAGGCGUACAGAGACCACUUCUACCAAGUGUCCUACCAAGACCAGAGUGUGUCUGUGUCCUUCCACAUCACGUAAGACACAUCCCUGACUCCAAACUGUAGUUCAGUAUUCAAAGCGGUUCUCCAGAGAUGAGUUUUGCAGACUGGUUUCAAACCAAGGCUCUCUAAAGGCUCUCUCUAGAUGAAGCAGGUAUAGGAGGAGAUAGAGGUGAGGUUGUCCUCGUCUUUUGGCAUCUCCAGAUUAGCAUCACACUGAAAGCAGAAACAUGUAAGGACAAAAGGAGGAACCAAUAAAAUACUCAGUGUGACUGUAUUAGUAAAUACUGUCUUAUGGGAAUGAAGCUACAAUGCCUCUCUGUAUGUUGCCUCAUUAAUUGAGCCUUAAAAUAGCAGAGAAUUGGUUUGAAGCUAAGAUAAGCUAAGCGUCCCCUGGCUUAGGUUUAUGUGUGAUCCUAAAGUAACAGAUUGGUAUUGAUUUCAGAACUAACCCUCACCAUGAGAGUCAAAAAUAUCAGAUUUUCCUUUUAAAGGGAUAUACCAGACCUUGGGCCAGUCCAUUACGGACUACAGCGGGUUGACACAGCUCAAGGAAGAACAUUUAUGAUCAUUACUUUAUCAUUUCUUUGAAGUAAUAAUCAUCAAAAUACUGUCAUAUACAGCAUGACAAUGCAGUGCAUAUAAUAGCAGCUCUAAAAACAGGAUGUACAAUGUACCAACAUGUUUCAAAAUCCACUCAUUUUUCUGAGACCGACAACUUUCCAGCGCUAAAAAUCAGGUGUCUGCAACAUCCAAAGACUUCAAUUUUCCACAGAUAAAAUCAGAGACUGUCCAGAUCCAACCCUUCAAAAACAAAAAUAAUCAUAAUUUACGUAUUAAAAGGAUAUUCUGGCAUAAAAUUAGGUCCCGGUCAAACAUACUGUAACACCGAGUUAGACACCCUGUUGAGAGAUGAAUGUUGCCGACUGCUUGCUUCAACCGCAGAUAGCAAUACAGAGAGCCACACGCUCAACCAAAAAGCCACUCUACAGCCACAGAUAAUGCUCAGAACAGCACCUAACUUCAUCAACAGUACAUAUAGGGUCCUAGCUUCAUGGUAAUGCAAUCAGACCGACAUGCUUAGGCAGAAGAACUACCACGUCUGCAGUGCAAAAUGAUUAAUUUGGUGAUUAUUACUUUAAAGAAAUGAUCAUAAAUGUUCUUCCUUGAGCUGCGUCACCCCGUUGUAGUCCGUAAUGGACUGGCCCGAGGUCUCACAACAAAUAAGCGGCUGCUGGAAGAGAGUAGGUGAGUUGUGUUUAGUCUCUUUGCUAAAGAAAUUAGGCAAAGUUAAAAGAUGUUUGGUGGCUAGUGCUGUGGCUAGGACCCUAUAUGUACUGUUGAUGAAGUUGGGUGCUGUUCUGAGUAUCAUUUGUGGCUAUAGAGUGGCGUUUUGGUUGAGGUUCGUAGGUGGCUCCUCAGACCGCUAUGUAUUGCUAUUGUGUGGUCUUUACUAAAGUUGGUAUAACUAGAGAAGCAAGUGGUCGGCAACAUUCAUCUCUCAAGGGGGUGUCUAACUCAGUGUUGCGGUGUGUUUGACCCUAAAUUAGUUUUACACUGAAAUAUCCCUUCAAUGUGCAGUCUUGUGUCUUUUAACCCAAAUCCCUCUUUGUUUUGUCCUAAGGCCUCGUCCAGAUGAACCAAGAAAACUGAAAGCGACUCUUGGCCAAAACUCGGUGAAACUGGGUGAAAUCCUGCAUGAAAACAUCUGUAAGCAACAACCUGAAAUUUUUUUUUUUAAUCACAGGACACAGCGCACACUGGCUGAAACAUGUGUUAUUUUUCCUUAUAUAGUGUUGGAGCUGGUGGAUCAGUACAAUAAUGCCACAGCGACACUUAACCCAUCCUGUGUGAGUGACAUCAAAGUGGGAGCAGAGGGCCUGGUCCAAUCAUCCAUCAAGUUUACGUGGCAGGUGGGAAAGGAGGCGCACAAAGUUAAACGACAACUUAUCAUAUCUCACAGGAAAGGUUAUCUGGUCCCAAGACACAGGUUGAGAUAAAUCUUUACAAACUAACAUUCUCAGUUUGAUGCACAGAUUCUCAGUACAUACAGGGUUAAAUGUGAGACCAUACUUUUCAUUUCAGUAGCUUCACUGAGAAUUACAGAUUGAUGAGGAGAUGAGAAUCUAGCCUGAACAUUAAAGUUCACAUAUUGGCAGAGUCAGAGCUCAACUUACUUUUUUCCUCCAAAUAUUGCCCACUUCCUUUGCAUGGCAUCAUGGGCAAUGGAGUCCUGUUUUAGCUGCUGUUUUGGAUGCCAAUCACACCCCUGAGUUGUCACAUUUGUUAUUCAUACCUCAAGUUUGAUUCACUCCUUCUCUGUUGUGCAGAUUUUUUUCUAGUUUUUUUUCUGUGUUUGGACUUUAGGAGAACAGCAGUUCUGUUCUGGUUUCCGGGGUCCAGUUUCAGACCGUGACGCUUGGCUCCAGAGAGCUUUGCUUCACCUACAAGGACUUUGAGGAGCGAGUCAUUGUGAAAGUGACGGCUGGAGCUCCUGCAGAGCUGAAACUUAUCAGUGGGCCUGAAAUGGUGAGAAAAGAUUUAUACUGGGGGUCCAAGGAAGCUUGAAGAUCUAGAGAUUUCAGAUAUGAUCACACAGUCCGGCUACGCUCCCCGUUAUUUCUUGGCUCCUCCUUACAUUUUCAAAAUAAACACAUGAACACUUUAAAUAAUAGUUUUUUGGGCAAAGACAACUUUUUGUUUGAGCUGAUUUCAGAUUUUAUUUUCAACAAAAUAACAUCAACCUGCAUGUCUGUGUUUUCCAUCCACAAGCCUUUACAGGUUUUCAGUGAUCACGCCAUCACCACACCAUUCAUCGUCCAACUGUACGACAAAUGGGGGAACCCGUCUCCAGACCAGAGGGUUGUGGUAGAACUGAAGUCCUCACCUUCGACACUCCAGGUCUGACUUCUAUCGUACUCCAUUUUCACCUUAGAAACAAAGGGAUAAACUUAAUUUAAUGAUCUAAGUUUGUGAAUGUGUUGUGGGUCAUCAUGAUGUUGUAGGUAUCGACACCUGCUAUCUCACAGCCCGUGGACUCCGAGGGGAAAGCCUCUUUCAAAGUUACUAGCGUACAUGGACUGAAGUGAGUGUCACCACAUAAUAUGGUAUAAUGAAAUGCUUUGGGUCCAUAAUAAGAGAUGUACCCUGUUCUUCCACUAGGGGGUGCUAUCAGCUGGAGUUUAAAGGUUCCUUAUCCGAGAAACCCAUCCCUGGUCCAUCUGUGCCCCUUACCAUCAUCCCUGAUCCCAAAAAACCUGUCAAACUCCAGGAGCACUUCGACAGAUCUGCCAAGUUUCCUGCAGGAGGAAAAUUCCCAGGUUUGCAUCUUCGCUGUCUUCUUUCUCAUCUCCUUGUGGAUCAUUUCAACAUCCGCUUUAACGUCUGUGUUUUUGUUGGUUCAGUCUUCACUGUGUCCGUGGUGUCAGAGGAAGGAAGUCUGAUCACAACUUUCAGCCCCGCUGCUGUGUCCAUGUGGCUGUGGAAGGGGACUCCAUCAGUACAAUUGCAUCCCCAAAUGGUAACUGAGAGACUGAAAUACACACAGACUGUCACGAUUAACUUCUCAAUAUUACAUUUAUUUUUUUCAUCAUUAUUUUGUACGUUUAGUCAUGUUUUCCCAUUUUUCUUGUUCAGGCUUUGGAGCUGAAGUGUAGCAAACCCAUGGAGAAUGAAAAGACCGGCUGUUUUUACUUCAGGUGAAAAACUUUUUUCUCCUGCUGCUAUAGCUUGGUUUUUACUGUAAAGACGGGAGGGUGGUUUGAAUCCUUUAAACUCCCUUUUUGGGUUUUGAAAAAUCAAACAAGUUUCUUUUUCAAGUCUUCCUGAUGCCUUAAGAAAUACUGACUCUUAAAUAUUUCUUUCACCGCAGAGAUAAAGACAUACCUAAAGACGUCGGAAAAUACAACAUUCAGUUUUCUCUUCGUCUAGAUCAAAACAAUGUCUUGCACAGUGUUCAGGUUUGUUAGAUUUAAACCCUGCAAACAUCAAAGGGCUUCAUUACAAAGUAUAAAAGGUUUCAUUACUGUUUUGAAGUGGUUGUUUUGUGUAGAUCAAAAUCACAGUUCUUUUUCUUCCAGAUACCUAUCAAUGUGGAGAGCAACCAGCCCUACAAACUGAGCCCUGUCUCUCAGCCUCCCAACCCUGGUGUUUGCUACUGCGAAGAAGUUUCUGGAAGAACCUUGGUGCAGAAUAUGACUCUCAUGAUAACGGUGAGAUUAUAUUGAAAGACGAUGUCAGUUUUCAUUUGUCGUUGAUAAAACAAGCAGGUUUUCAGGGUUAGCAGAUACUCAGCAUGAUUGAGCUGCUCUAACUGAUUUCUAGGAUAAAUAUGAAAACCCAGCGGGGCAGGACCUGUAUGGAAAGGUGCUCGUUUUUAUACAGAACUCCACUGAAGGGAGCGGAAACCUCCCGCUGUUUGAAGACAGAACCAGCAGCUGUCAGAUAGACUUGGUGAGAGGAAGAGCCCACAUUGAUGUAAGUAAACCUUUGUUUAAGGACACUGCACAAGUGCAGCCUCAAAACCUACCUGCUGUUAUUGUCUGUUAUCAUUUGACACUGAGAGAAUCGCAGUGUAUUUAUUUGCUGGUGUGUGCUCAACUCCUCUACAUGGACUGUUUUCCACCUCUAAAGCCUGAAAACUUAAAGUAUAUUACUCUCAAGAACAAGAACAUUUCCCACAACCUAAAUUCAGAAAGAUUAGCGCCUGCAAGUAUAAUAUACGACAGAGUAUAUGGGCAACAUAAAGAAAAUAAAAAUUAAGACUGCGGGAUUACUUACGAGAAUUAAGUCAAAAUAAAGUAAUUACUUGUGAGAAUAAAGUCGCAAUAAAAUCAUCACUCACAAGAAUUAUGUCGAAAUAAAAUCAUUACUCAGAAGAAUAAAGUUGUAAUAAAAUCCUUACUUACUGGAAUCAAAUCAUAAUAAAAUCAUUACUCACGAGAAUAAAGUCAAAAUAAAAUAAUUACUUACAAGAAUGAAGUCACAAUAAAGUCAUGACUCACAACUUAGAAUAAAGUGGUAGGAAAUCAUUACUUACGAGAAUAAAGUCAUAGCAAAACAAUUACUAACGAAAUGAAGUCAUAAUAAAAGAAUGACGAGAAUAAAGUUGUAAUAAGAUCAUUACUCAUGAGAAUAUAUUCUUAAUAAAAUUAUUACUCACAAGAAUAAAGUCGUAUAAAAUCAUUACUUACUGGAAUAAAGUAGUAAUAAAAUCAUUACUUACAAGAGUUAAGUUGUGACAAAUUCCUUACUCACGAGAAUAAAGUCGUAAUAAAAUCAUUAAUUACGAAAAUUAAUUGGUUAUAAAAUCAAUACUUAACAGAAAAAAGUUGUAAUAAAAUCAUUACUCACAAUAAUAAAGGCGUAACAAAGUAAUUACUUACAAGAAUAAUGUGGAAAUAAAAUCAUUACUCACAAGAAUAAGGUCCUAAUAAAAUCAUUACUUACGAAGAUAAAGUUGUAAUAGAACGAUUACUUACCAGAAUAAAGCCGUAAUAAAAUCAUCACUCACAAGAAUUAAGUCCUAAUAAAAUCAUUACAAGAAUAAAGUUGUAAUAAAAUCAUUACUCAAAAGAAAAAAGUUGUAAUAAACUCAUUACUUACAAGACAAAAAUUUGUGAUAAAAUCAUUACUUAUGAGAAAAAAGUCGCAAUAAAAUCAUUACUUUCAAGAAUUAUGUCGAAACAAAAUCAUAACUUACGAGAAUCAAAUUGUAAUAAAAUCAUUACUCAUGAGAAUAAAGUUGAAAUUAAAUAAUUACUUACGAGAACAAAGUUAUAUUAAAAUCAUUACUCACAAGAAUAAAGUGGUAGGAAAUCAUAACUUAGGAGAAUAAAGUUGUAGUAAAACAAUUAUUUACGAAAUGAAGUCGUAAUAAAAUAAUUACUCACGAGGAAUUAAGUUGUAAUAAGAUCAUUACUCAUGAGAAUAUAUUCUUCAUAAAAUUAUUACUCACAAGAAAAAAGACUUAAUAAAAUCAUUACUUACGAGAAUAAAGUCAUAUUAAAAUAAUUCCUUAAAGAAUUAAGUCGUAACAAAUUCCUUACUUAAGAGAAAAAAGUGGUAGGAAAAUCAAUACUUACGAAAAUAAAGUCGUAGGAAAACAAUUACUUACGAAAUGAAGUCUUAAUAAAUUCAGGAGGAAGAAAAUGGCUGAACUUGUCAACUGCAGAGUUAUCAGUGGGCCAUUCAGAGGGAUUUCAGAGGGAGGCAUGGGUUUAUGUGAAAAAUUUGAUAUCACGAUAUUGGUGGCCCAAAAUAUCAGGAUUCAUGAUAUUAUACCGAUAUUAGCGCAUUGCUUUUAAUGUUAUUAAAAAUGGCAAAAAACUGCGAAAUCACUCCUCUGUGCACAGCGUGACACACACAAACAAUACUAGCAAGAGGCAGCUAACGCGACGUUGGGAGCAUUAGCUUUUUGGCGCUAAAGUUAGCAGGAACCUCACUAGCGUUGUCAAUAAUAAGCAGUAGAGUAGACCAAACUUGUUGCGGCCAUGUUGUUUUUACCUUGAUUUGGGCGAACGAUGCUGGAUGGUGUUCACGGAGGUGGGCACGUAGGUUCGAAGUGUUGAACAAGGGCGCUGCAACUUCCUUACGGCAUAACCUGGUGUCAGGUUUACCUGCUCCGUCUGUUUUGUGAAGCCAUACAACGUCCAUACUGCCGACGAAACCUUUUUAAUAGGAGGAUACAGCCGAGGUGUUUCGUCCUUCUCAGUCACCGACUGUUCUUGGUCCGGUGUUAUGCCGCAGAAUGCACCCCUGCCGUUGAAUGCACCCCUGAUGGGAGCGCGGUUGGAAGUUCACAAUAAACGGAAAUAAUCCGAGUUUUCCUUACCGUUGGGUGGAUUCAAAAGCGCGUACCUUCGAAGCCGAAAACAAUAGCCCUCUGAUUCGGAAUAUUUGCUGUCCCGAAAAUAUAAUGCUCUCUACCUUGACAGUUUACUGUACAGUUUAUGUAUCCAAGUACACCUCUUUAUGUGCAUCUUUGGGAAACAAAAAAACAGAAAGUACGUUUGCUGCUCCAUUUGACAUGUUGUCAUGAUCCAGUACUCCUGUUUUAAUACUCCACUUUAACAAGCGAAUGAGUUAAUGGGAUGCAUUGUGGACACGCUCCACAGUGCUUUGAGUGGCCGCAAUGCAUUGUGGGUGGCUACGCAUUUUGUUGUAAAAUUUCUCUAUUUUCUCUUUUAAUGUUCCCGUAAUGCUACCAUUAAUGUACUUAUUUCGAAAGGUGAAAAAGGUUACUUUUGUGGUGGUUUGUUUGUACAUUUUGCUACCGAGGCUUUUGACACCUUGGGUAAGACUACAAGUAGGUAAGUACUCGGCUUCGCUCACCUUCUUUGAGUGACGCUGCCUCUCGUCUUUAAAUUGUGAUAGUGGAAAGAUAUUUACAGUACCUUACGAUUUCAUAGUCGCGGCCGUUCAAUAUCGCAUAUCGCGAUUGAAUCGUAUAUUGGCACAUCCCGAGUUCUGAUACCUAUGACAUUGUGAUGCUGAAACACCAAAGGAUUUAUCUCUUUGUUUGUGAAACCUAGCCACUGAAGUUCAGUUCAUCUAAAUGCUCCACAGUGCAACUAACAACAGGUUAGAAUAGCUAUUAGCUACAACUUUAUUCUCGUAAGUAAUUACGAGAAUUAAGUAACCGCGGAGUCUUCAAUUUUUUUUUCUUAUUGUGACCCUACUACUCCAUCGUAAUAAUCUCACUUCAUGUCAAUGUAUCCUUUUUUUCUGCACAGAGGCUGAUGAUCAUGGAGAACAGCCCGGGUGAUGACAACCAGUCAUACGUCCUCCUCUUCAAACCUGAAGUGCCGAUGGUUCCUCUGGAGCCGUUUGAGCUCACCUUCCAUUUCUACAACAGUUUGUAUUCGACUUUUCAUUUGAAGGAUGAGGGGUUUAAAGUAAAUAAAUGCAGCUGUUGAGUGUCAGUAGAAACCUCAGUGAGAUUUUUUUUUUCAGAAUUUUCCACACAGGAGUUUUAAAUUGUACUUAAAAAGUACAUUUCUGUGUUUUCACAUGUUGUUUAUCUGUUGAUAUUUCAGAUAUGGAGAGCCGAAAGAAAACCACUGAGCUGUCCAGGAAAAAAGCAGAGCUCCUUACUGCUAUUACCGUGUCUAAAGAAAUCUUCAAAACGCACAAUGAAAUCCUUUCUUUGCAGCAAGGUAAGGUUUAAUCUUAAUAACAGGAGAGAGAGUGAGGAAGCGUUCUAUUCCAGAAUCUCACCAUUAGAUGGCACUAGAUAUCCUCAUUCUGCACACAGCACCUGUAUGUUUUUUUUUUUUUUUUUAUUAAUUAAUUAAUUUAUUUAUUUAUUUUAUUAAGGCAUACUUAUUCUUAUCUCAUUAAUUUAUUAAUUUUUUAUUUAUUAGUGUUAUUUCUUUUUUAUUAUUGCUUUUUUUUUAAAGAAAACUCAAAACGUACCUUUUUAGUCUUGCUUUUAACUAAAUUUUAUAUCAUUAACUUUGUUUAAGUGUUUUAGCAUUUAUCUCUUUCUAGUUUUAACAACAGGAUCGUCUUUUAUUGAACUGUUUUGGUGCUCUUAUUUUAGUAUUUUUAACUGUUGGUUUUAUUUCAUUUGGUUUAUUAUUUCUUAGUUUUUUAUUUUAUGUUGCUUUGUUUUUAGACUUUAAACCUCCAGUGUUUCCUUAUCUUCAAUUUCAAAACGAUGUUUCCUCAGUGCGCACAUUCCUAUUUGUAUGAAAUCAAGCCCUUUUUAAGUUCAUGCAUUUUUAAGCAUGUUUCUGUUGUGCUUAGAUUGAGGAGUGGGAAUGAGGGGUUGGAUUAGGGUAGAUUAGGGAUUUCUUUGUUUCUUUUAUUCCUCUGCUAUAUAAAGUACUUUGUGCUACAUUGUUUCUGUAUGAAAAGUGCUAUACAAAUAAAGACUGAUUAAUUGAUUUCAACAAAAUUCAAUUCUAUUUCAAGAAAAUUACCUUUUUUCUUGUGAAUUUCCUUGAGGGAACCUUCCCAAAAGGAAAAGUAAAGUUGUAUCAAAUGUAAUGUAAUCUAAUCUAAUUCAGUUUUAUUUUUAGUUUGUAAUAUUUUUACACAAGAUAUUAAUAUGGACUUCUCAAGUGUAUUUGGUUUAUAUCAAGUCAAGCAAGAGAUAAGACGUAAAACACUCAGUUGAUGUGAGUUUUUGCAGUGUACUAUCAUAUAUCAGCCAUCAGCAGACUUAGUCUUUUAUAACUAGCAGUUGCGAAGGUAAUAUUGGUCGACCACAAAUUCAAGAAUAUCAAAUAGUUUUUGGAGCUGCACUGAGAUGAAAAGUUUCUUAGAUUUGAAAGCUCAGCAGCUGUUGUGUCGCUUCACUUUUCAUGAAGUUCAACCAUUAUAAUAAAAACAAACUGUCUUUUUCUAGCAAAACUCAAGGACUCUACUGAAAAGGAGACCAUCCUGAGACAACGCCUGGCUAAAGAAAACCUGAUAUCAGCAGCAGAUGCUAAUGUAAGCUGUGUAGUCGAGCGAACCUCAAAGAAAUCAUGGUGUCAUCUCUUGAUUUUCAUUUCACUUUUGUAUAUCGUUUGUGCUUUUUAGAUACCAGCUAUUGACAGACUUAUAACAGAGAGGAAAACCAAAGCUGAGCAGAUCCAGAAAGCCCCCAGAAGAGUCUGCACUCUUCGUAAUCCUUUUGGGGGGCAGCAGGAUGUUUUGGGGAUGGUAAGAGAAAUAAGAGGUUUUGCUUGGUUUUCUUUUUUUCAAAAUUUGCCUGAUAAAAAAUUGCCUGAAAUACUCUGGUUUGAGUGUGCACUGGGUUUGUAAGAAACAAAAGGGUUUAAAAAUUAGCUUUACCAGAGUUUUGCAAGUUUGACCAUUUACCUUACUCGUAUGCAGAUCAUUCACCUGGCCGUGGUGAAAGACGAUGCUGCAGCGAAGGUUAUUUCUUGGCACAUUCGCGGGGAUAUGGAUUGUAUUGUGACAGGAAGCAAGGAAACAGCAAUGAAGAUCUUUGACAGCACUAGAGGAAAUCAGCAGCUCAUGCCCCUGACUGGUGUGAUUGUGCAGCAAGGCAACAGGUAGGUGACCUGUGUGGAUUUUGUGUGAAGUACAGGACCUUCAGAAGCGGUGAAAUCAGCUCCUGGCAGUGUUGUCUUUAGGAGUUUUGUCUGUGCCUGAUAGCUUUCCUGAUGAGAUUACUUCAUGUACUUGAUUAUAGUCUUUUAAGCCUUCUCCCACCCGAACAACUGUAAUUUAAAGAGCUCACAGCACUUCCGUCUUUCACAGACUGUUUGACAAAUGAGUGAAGUCCUGCGAUCAUAUGUGGAAAUAGGUCAUUUUAUAGUUCAAAGGAUUUUUUUAUUUUUUUUUAGGCGUGUCUGCUUUAAAACUUUGCCUUUAAAGGCAGCUGAAGUAUCUCAAAGCUUCAUCCUCAUCAGUUAUAAAAAAAGGUUAAAAGUACAGCUGUCUCCUUUUUCUCUUUUAGUUUCAGGCUAUUCAAGUACUCCCAACUGUUCGGCCUGUAAUGGCCUUGCUUCCCAACUUUUGGCCUGUAGUGUACCUACCUACCUACCUACCUACACGCACAUGACUGGUCACUGCAUGUCCAGACGGUGCAUUUUAAUACUAUUUUAGCAUUAUUUUAAUGAUGACUGGACUACUUUCAGACAGCUGCCUCAUAUAAGAAAUGGCUCCCUGCUCUUCAACCCUCUUGGGAACCCUGUGUAUGCCAGAGAACUCCUCGAAUACACCCAUCAGGAUCAUGCCAGUUGUGAAAAAGGUGAGAUGCUUUGACUGAAAUUCCCUCACUCAGGGUUGUGUUUUUACUGCAGAUGAAUAUGGAACUUCUUUUGUUUUCAAGCAACCUCCCCGGUCUCCUUCUUUUUACCAUAUAAGGUUUUUCCCCCUCAUUUCCCACAACUCCUGUUAAGUCAUGAGUAAAUGGUUCCACCUGGACUCGACCUCACAGAGGUGGAGGGGGUUCCUCAGCCAGGGGCCUGUCACUUGAACAGAAAUUGGACCUCCUUCACCACCUUAAAUUGCUCUUUAAUGUAGGGAUUUCCUGUAGUUUGGGUUUGUUUUUGUUUCAUGGGUAAAAGCUGCAGCCAUCUUAAAAGAGCACUACAGUCUGUUCUUUUUGAUUGUUAAAGUGUUUUUUUCAGGAGUCUUAGCAGUGAGAAAGCUCGAGUAUUAAAUGUUUGGAUUUGUCCUGACAGCACCGCCGGUUUCUUACUCAUGCUUUGUCCUUCACAGUGUUUAAAAACAUCCUUGGAGACACUAUUCUGAUCGAUGAUCUGGACUCUGGAAACUCAUAUCGAGAGCAGGUGAGUGAUGCUGAGCUGUGCCACAAACCAACCGUCUGGGGGUUGUUUUUUUCCUCUAAAUGUUUCAUUGCUCACAGCUGGCAAAGAGGAACAUACUGUGUCCCACCAUCCUGACCAGGCAGGGAGAACGGAUCAGUGGUAGAGGCAAGUUUGGAGGCGCACAGAACAGAGCACCCUCCACUGUAUCACCUGUGUUUGGAGCCCCACUUCCAGAGCAAUAUGACACUCUGCAAAGCGAAAUAGGUGACAUCCCGAAAUUCCCUUUAAAAUGUAUUUUUUUCUUCUUUUCUUUCAUGUUAAACUUCAUUUAUUUAUUUUUUGUUCCUGCAGACCUGCUCUCUCAGUAUCGGUUACAUAUGCAGAAGAAAGAAGAAGCAUCGAAAGAAUAUAACUGGCUCGAAACAAAAAUGAAAUCCCCUGAAAAAGUGAAACAGAAACGGGAUCUGGAUGAGAAUAUCAAACAGCUCGAGGAAAUCAACAGACAGCUUGGUAAGUAUGGCGACCUCGAAGUAAGGGGAUGCUAAAAUUUCUGUGUUGUGGUUUGUACUUUCUUCGUAUUGUUGCUAAAUGUUCACAAUCUAUUUCUUGUGUCUUCACCUGUAGGACGAAUGAAGCGGGGCGCAGAGCAAGCUGGUGAGCCAUCUGGGAACAGUGCAAAGAGAGCGAAGCAAAGCUCAUAAUUCGAGCAAAAGUUUCUCCCGUGAAUUUAUCGACAAUAUUUUUGUGUGACCAAGUUUUUGUCAGUCAAUUUUUUUAUCGUAUUUGAUUUGUUUUCCUUUACAUCUAACUGAUCUGUUCACUGAUAAUCAUGUUGUAAUACUUGCAAUUCAAUAUAUGAAAUACAUUUAUUUUAUACUCAA